AUGUCAUCUCCAAAAGCAGAAUACGUGACAUUCGACACUUCCGUGGGAUCAUUCACAGUAGAGCUAUAUACAGCACAUGCCCCAAGGACAUGUAACAACUUCUCGAAACUCGCUGAGAGGGGGUACUAUAACGGAGUGAUAUUCCAUCGUAUCAUACCUGGAUUCAUGAUUCAAGGUGGUGAUCCAACAGGAACAGGUCGAGGAGGAACAUCGAUAUAUGGUGAUAAGUUUAAAGAUGAAUUACAUCCUGAAUUGAGGUUUGUAGGUGCUGGUAUAUUGGCUAUGGCAAACUCAGGCCCCAAUACAAACGGCUCUCAAUUCUUCAUAACAUGUGCUCCUACCCCUUUCUUAGAUGGCAAACAUACGAUCUUCGGCCGAGUAUCAUCAGGGAUGAAGACCAUCCAGCGACUCGAAGCUGUACGUACCGACUCGGAAGACCGUCCGGUGGAAGAUAUAAAGAUACAUAAAGCUAGAUUGGGAGAUGCUGCCCCUCCACCGGGUGGAUUGGACGUAGCUAGAGUCGCAUUGUAG